ACACAUUGACCUUCAAGAAAUGGGUCAAGGUUGGACCUUGAAAUGCAGGUCAGUUUGGUCGCUUGCAGGAGAAUUCAUGGACAAAUCUUCAGGAAGUCACUUGUAACAAGUGUAAAUUUGAGUAAUGUCUCGCGUAGGAAUAUGGCAGGGUGUUCUGAAGCGAAAACGUUAGAAAGAAAUGGAAAGAGAACGAUAGCUUUCCGUAAGACAGAGGGCGGUUCUCCGGGAGUCGUCUUCUGCUCUGGUUACUGGUCGACUAUGAUGGGUGAAAAAGCUACAGUGUUGGAGGAAUUUUGUAGGAAGAAAAAAUUGGCAUAUGUCAGGUUUGACUACCAGUGUUGUGGGGCCUCCCCUGGUGACCCUCGUGAGGCCACCCUGAGCCACUGGAAGGAAGAUGUACUGGAUGUGCUGGAUCUUUUAACACAGGGACCACAAAUUAUUGUAGGUUCCAGUAUGGGUGGCUGGCUGGGUCUUAUAGCAGCCAUGGAGAGGCCUGAGAGAGUACAGGCCUUUAUUGGAAUUGCAGCCUCACCAGAUUUUCCUGACAGAAAGUUUCAGCAGAUGCCAAAACAGGUUCAAGAGAAAAUCAUGACUACGGGAGAGGUGGACUACCCCUCCUCCUAUGGACAGUUCAUCAUGACAAGAGACUUUCUUCUUGACUCUCGACAACACAAUAUUCUGCAUUUUCCAACUAUUCCAGUCCAUCGGCCAAUCAGAUUGUUGCAUGGAGUCAAAGAUGAUGCCGUACCGUACAUGCUUUCACUUUCUUUAAUGCAAAAAUUAGAAAGUAAUGACAUUGAUGUGAUACUUAGAAAAGAUGGAGACCAUAGACUUUCUAGAGAGGAAGAUUUGCAACUGUUGUUAAAUGCAGUUGAUGAAAUGGUGAAAAAAGUACAAGGAGGAAAUGUGUUAUCAUCUUUAUGAUGAAUAUAAUUUAAAUACCAGUAUAAAUGUACUUUUUGUUUUAGGACUGUUUCACAUAAUUUUUCUAAAAUAUAUCAUUUUCCACUUUCAAAACCCUUUGCCUUAUCUGUUACAGUAAAAGUUUUAUGCAGGAAGGAGAGGGUGAGUUACAGUUGUCUUAAAAUCCUAUUUAUAAGUUAUGGAAGUUUUCUGGAGGUGAAAAUUUUAUUUGGUAAAAACUGUAAAAUGUCAAUAAUCAUGAGACAUUUAAGCCGUUAUCAUCAGGAAAAUGGCAUAAGUGGAGUGCUCUUCUCAGUGAACCUUGUUAACAUAUUUCACAUGUUGCAAUAAAAAAUACUCAUAAAUGACUUGGGAGUACAUUACAUCCGUAAUAGUUUCAUUAUGAGGGUAUUAUUAUUUCAAGUCAGUAUUUUGUGUUUAGCCAGGAUAUGGAUAAAUGUUGCGGACAUUUUUUCAUGUGUGAUAAGAAAAUUUAAAAAUAAA